GGAAAAGAGGACAAAUGGCACCCCCAAUCCUGAUUCUUUCUUCUGCGGCAUUAGCUGCCCCUCCCAGUUUGGUGCCAUCUGCAAAUCUGAUGAGCAUUCCCAUUGCUGGAUGUAACAAUAGAUCAAGCUUGCUCCCUGUACAUUUCUAAAAUAUUGUGGUCUGAUCUUCCUACCAGCCUCUCAGACCUGGAGGCUUUCAGCAGCCCAUCAGGUACAGAGGGCAUGACCUCACAGAGGACCAGGUAAGCCAGUCCACAAAAGAGAGUAAUAUACCCAUGACCUCAUAGAGCCCAUGAAGGUGUGGUCAGGCUGCUCCUACCAAAAGCUGCUCCAGUGAAAGGGAAGCACUGAGACACUCCCAUCAGAUAUUGGAAGUCAAAGAAGUGGAUCAUUUAAGAGGAUUUGGAAUCAAAGGCCCCUGUCAGGAACAAUAUGCGUGUGAGCAGGGCACAGGGCGUCAUACUGCUGGCUGGCUUCAUGACUUACGUGGUGAUGGGUGCCUUCGUCUUUGAGAUUCUGGAGAAGGAUCACAACAAAAAAGUAAUAGAUAGAGUGUUUCACCUGAAACAUGAUUUUCUUUUGAACUACACCGCUCUCAGCCCAGAAGAGGUGGAGUUAUUCAUACAGAAAUUAAUAAGAUCUGUUCGGAAGGGCAUAAUUCCAGCAGCAACCCACCCUUCAGAAAAAUACAGCAACUGGGAUUUCGCUAAUUCUUUCUUCUUCGUGGGCACUAUGUUAGCCACAAUAGGCUAUGGAAACGUCUCUCCGCAAACGAAAGAAGGUCAGAUCUUUUGUAUUAUUUUUGCUCUCUUUGGAAUCCCCUUCAACCUCAUCUGCUUGAACUAUAUUGGCUUUUUAGUCUCAAGACUCUUCGAAAGCUGUGCAAGGAAUGCGUUUGGGAAAGGAAAGAAGAAAACAGCAAGAUAUAUUUUCGUGUUCGUGGUUGUGGGAAUUGUAAUGUUUCUUAUUUUGCCAUCGUUCCUCUUUCAAUGGAUGGAGGGCUGGACUUUUUAUGAAGCUGUCUAUUUUACAUUUAUUACACUUAGCACCAUUGGUUUUGGAGACUAUCUAAUAGGGAGGAACCAUGAGAGGAGCUAUUUUGUGGGCUACCAGCUGCUUGCAGCCAUUUGGAUCGUCAUUGGUCUGGCCUGGAUAGCUGUGCUGUUUGAACUGUUUUCAUCAUUACUGGCACCUGCGGAUCCAAAAGCAGCCUUACAAAAAAUGAGUAAAAUGCAAAGAUAACAGUGCCCAAAAGGAGUCAGUCUGCUGGAUUUCCACUGGAGAAGAAUUUAUCAUUGCAUUCGGGUGGAGUCUGACAUAAAAAUCAGUUAUACUCAACAACUUCCAUUGAGCUUUUUAUAAUUAUAUGGCACUGUGACAUUCAACUGAUUCCUUAAAAACUGGCUAGCUGGUCUAUAAAUUAGUAAUUCCUAAUAAACUGUGAAUUAGCUGGGUUUUCUGCA